GUGGGAAGACGAACAAGAAAGACAAAAAACAGAGCGAAAAACAGAGCAAAAGUUGAAGGCAAAUGUGGAGUAGUGCAGGGUAUUAUGGUGGUGACGAGGAGGAGGAGAUGGUUGGAUACAGGUUCCACCCAUCCGAAGAACAGCUGGUGAAUCACUAUCUGAAGCUGAAGAUGCAGGGCCGCGAUCACGAAGUUCGCCGCAUUGCUGAAGUCAAUGUCAGCAAGUUCGAACCUUGGGAGCUACCAGGGCAAGCGUGUACAGAGGUGGACACGGACGAGUCGGUUUGGUACUUCUUGGCUGCUCCGGAUUACAAGUACGCCAACAGCAAGCGAGCUAACCGGACUACCAAGGCUGGUUACUGGAAGCCCACCGGCAAGGAAAGGAUGGUUCGGGCUGAAAGCACCGGCGAGGAGAUUGGUACGAAAAGGACUUUGGUUUUCUAUAAAGGUCGAGUCCCGAAAGGGGUCAAGACACAUUGGAUCAUGCACGAGUACAAGUCCUUCUUCAACUUCCCCAACCAGCGUGAUUAUCUUCUGUACAAGCUAAUGGAAAACAGUGAUGAUGAUGGUGGUGAUGAAAUGCAAGCAAGUCUGGAAGGAGGAGGUGAAGCAAGUUCAAGGAUGUCCUGUAAUUAUGACAAUCCAAGUCCAUAUGAGAAUUAUGCUCCCAUCUCAGCUGCUGUCAACUUUCAGAACAAUGAACCCAGACAGGAAGACUCUCAGAUACAAGCAUAUCUGGAUUCCUUUACAGGGUAUGAUGAAAGCAGUUACAACCUUAACUCUGCAAUGCAGCCAUGGAUGUAUAACACAGGGGAUACCUCUUCUUCUAGUUAUGAUCCUUACCCUGGAUAUGGAUGAUAUUCAACCAAGCUCAUGCUGGUCAAAUCUUCAAAGUUAGCCAACCUUAGGAGUCCUGUAAUGUUUGUACUCUGCUGGAAUACCAGCAGUGUUACUAUUUGUGUAUUGUAUUUUGUCAGUGUGUAAAACAUCUUGCCUGGUUGCUUGAAAUCAGAGAUUAUUGUAUAAUACUGUCACUGAAGUUAAG